AUGGCUUACAAGGCCAGAGGAGGCUUCUGCGGCACAACGCUGCCAACAUAUCUAGGCUUUGCCAUCCUUGGCUUCGUCAAUGCGAUUGUACCGUUUGUCGUCCACUCGGCAAACUACCUCAUCAUCCCAUACCCGCGCUGGAUCGUCCUCCUCAUCGAGACCAUCCCAGCCCUCAUCACCAAACUGGUGAUCCCUCACGUCCUCCACCAUGUGCCCUACUGGAUGCGCCCUCUCACCGUCGGCGGCGGCUGGAUCCUCGUUGCCAUCGUGACCAAGAGCACACCGCCAAACAUCGCCCCUCCGAUCCGCAUCUUCACCUCGGCCCUUGCGUCCGUGUCGGCCGCCGCCAUGGAGGUUUCGUUCCUCGGCAUGAUGCGCUACUAUGGCCGCGCAGGCCUCGCAGGAUGGGGAGCCGGUGUUGGAGCUGGCGCUGUGUUUUGCGCCGUUCUUCCGUUUGUUCUUACCGUCUGGAUGGAGUCGUUCCUACGCGAUUUUAUCGACUGCAUCUAUGCGCUCACGGGUGCAAUGCUUGUCGCUUUCUUUGUCGUCUUGCCUGGAGCACCCGUGAAUUAUCCCGAGGCGCGACAGGAUCGCGGCAAGGUGCAUGUUGAAGAUGGACCGACUCUGGCGAUGCAGGAUCCAGUUGAGGAGCUUUCACGUGCUCUGAGCACGACAAACCGAGUCAACCUCACAAAGGCCAUGGUUCGACCUUUCAUGGUUCCUCUAUUCGCGGCGUUUGCAUUACAAACACUUGCGUACCCUAGCAUUUCUCGGGCACUGCCGCUUCCUUCGUCGACUGGGUCCUUCUUCUCGUAUUUCACGAGCUACGGCCUCGCGUUCCAAAUCGGUAGUUUCAUUGCCCGGACUCAUACCCCGCUGCUACGGCCCGAGAGCACUAGGGUUGCCUUUACAGCCUUGAGCGUCAUUACCGCAGUAUUCCUCAUCAAUGUGACACUGCUCGUCUUUUCGGCGCCUGUACCCGUGGCACUGCUGGCCUUUGGUGCUGGCCUCGGGGGAGGAGCCGUCUACAUGAUUGUCAUGGGCAAAGUCUUGGAGGAGAAGUCGCUCGAACCUGGAAUCAACCAGGAGUUUAGUCUCCAGGUCGUGGGAGCCGGUGAAACGGCUGGCGUUAUCGUUGCCUCAAGCACAGCCACAUGCGAUGAACAAGGCCCUCCUUGCACAAACUGCGCAGCCCGUGGUCUCGAAGGCUGCUCAUACCUCCCAGAUCCCCCCUCUCAGCUACCCGCAACAGAGACCCGUCGACGUCUUGAGCUGGAGCUGAUGCACCGCUGGUCCACGCGCACAUUCAUGAGUCUCGUCUGCAUCCCCGAGGACAUCAAAUGGCUGCAAGGUGACAUGCCAAUCUGGGCUCUCAAGAACGAGUACCUCCUACACGGCAUGUUUGCCUUUGUAGCGCUCGAAAUAGGCCUUUGCGGCGACGCCGUCAUGGAUGAGGAUCCUGUUGUCUACGUCAAGUUGGCGUUGGAGUACUACGACAAGGCGAGCAGGGCUUUCCGUGCGCAGCUCGAGAAUGUGACGCCAGAGAAUGCGCAAAAGAUGUUCAUGUUCUCCUUUCUCGCCGUGGGGGUCAACAUGGCACUCGCCCAGUGCGAGGGCAUGAUUGCGUUUGAGCAAAACAUCCUGGAGCGCAUGGUGGCUCUGUGGGAGCUGUUGAUGGGUAACGCUUCUAUCGCUGGUAGGUACUAUGACGUCCUCAUCUCGGGUGCCCUGUCACAGUCUACAGAGGCAAUCCUGAUUCGGACGUCACAACAGACUCAGACGCCGGCGUCUUUGCCGAGUGAGACCGAAGCUGCACUCGAACGGUUAUCGGCCAUCAUCGAAAAGGCCAUUCAACCACGAGGGGGUGAGAGCAGUGACCCAGAGGCUCACACAGAGGACGCCGUCCGCACCCGCAUAUACCGGUCCAGCUUCACAGCAAUCAAGAAAUGUUUCGAGGUGGACUCCAAGGACCUGUACAAGGGGGCGGCCAUCGGGUUCCCUGCCAUGGCAGGCCGCGAGUUUGGCCCGGCCCUCAAGAAGUCGGACCCCGUGGCCAUGUUCCUCAUGAUGCACUGGGGCGUGCAACUACACGCCCUGGGCAAGCUGGCAUGGUGGGUGGGCUCCUUCGGCCAGAAGAUGGUGCGUGAGCUUUCGGGGAUGCUGUGGGAGUCUGACCUAGGUGCCGACGCACCCGGGUGGAGGGAGAACAUCACCUGGGCCAGAAUCGAGGUUGAGCUGAUACCGCUGGGGGGUGUGACGCCUGAGGAGGAGGUUCGGGAGUAG